GUGGGGUCGGUAACGGGCCGGGGCCGGGCGGGGGGGGCGCUGAGCGGGGCCGCUCCGCUGCCCGGGGCCCCCCGCGCCCCCAUGGACCCCGACGUGGACUACGAGCGCCCCAACGUCGAGACCAUCAAGUGCGUGGUGGUGGGCGACAACGCCGUGGGCAAGACGCGGCUGAUCUGCGCCCGCGCCUGCAACGCCACGCUGAGCCAGUACCGGCUGCUGGCCACACACGUGCCCACCGUGUGGGCCAUCGACCAGUACCGCGUCUGCCAGGAGGUGCUGGAACGCUCCCGGGAUGUGGUGGACGAGGUCAGCGUCUCCCUGCGCCUCUGGGACACCUUUGGGGACCACCAUAAAGACCGGCGCUUCGCCUACGGCAGGUCGGACGUGGUGGUGCUCUGCUUCUCGCUGGCGAACCCCAACUCGCUGCGGCACGUGAAGACCAUGUGGUACCCCGAGAUCAAGCACUUCUGCCCCCGCACCCCCAUCGUGCUGGUGGGCUGCCAGCUGGACCUGCGCUACGCCGACCUGGACGCCGUCAACCGCGCGCGCCGCCCGCUGGCCAAGCCCAUCAAGCCCUCGGACAUCCUGCCACCGGAGCGGGGGCACGAGGUGGCCCAGGAGCUGGGGGUGCCGUACUACGAGACCAGCGUGGUGGCCCAGUUCGGGGUCAAGGACGUGUUCGACAACGCCAUCCGCGCCGCGCUCGUGUCCCGCCGCCACCUGCAGUUCUGGAAGUCCCACCUGCGCAAGAUGCAGCGCCCGCUGCUGCAGGCGCCCUUCCUGCCCCCCAAGCCCCCCCCGCCCCUCAUCCAGGUGCCCGACGCCCCCCCCGGCCUGGGGGGGGGCUCGGCAGCGCUGUUCCAAGCCCCGCUGUGCGCCGACGUCGUCUUCCAGCUGCAGGGUGGCCACCGCGUCUUCGCCCACCGCGUCUACCUGGCCACCGCCUGCUCGCGCUUCUACGACCUCUUCACGCUGGAGGAGCCGCCCGAGACCCUCGGCGAAGGGGACGGGGGCACCCGUGACCUGUCAUCGUGGGGCCGCGGCUUCCUGAGCCUGCGCUGGGAGCCGGUGGCCGACCCGGUGGCGGGGCGGGAGCGGCGGAUGGCGGUGGUGGCCAUGGACCGGGGCGUGCGGCCGGAGCCGCUGCGCGCCGUGCUGGAAUAUUUGUACACGGGGAAGCUGGAGCGGCCCCACGGCGACCUGCGGCAGGUGGGAGCGGUGCAAGGGAUUCUUGUCCCCAAGGCAGUGGUGUCCCCAUGGAAGGGGUGUCCAAGGGAUUCUUGUCCCCUUGACAGCGGCGGUCAGCGAGUGGCUGUCCCUGCUCUGCAGUGUCCGAGGGUGGCUGUCCCUGGGCUGAGGGGUGGCAUAUCUGAGGGCUGGCUGUCCCCGCUGAGCUGUCCCCUGUCCCCAGACGUGGUGUUCCGCGUGGAUGACGGCGCGGUGCCGGCGCACAAGCCGCUGCUCAUCGCCGGCUGCGACUGGAUGAGGGCCAUGUUCCGGGGGGGCUUCCGCGAGAGCUACGCCGGCGAGGUGUCCCUGCCCGGCACCAACUGUGCCUGCCUCCGUGCCGUCCUCGACUUCCUCUACACGGGGGUCUUCACCCCCACGCCCGAUCUGGACGCCAUGGAGCUGCUCAUCCUCACGGACCGGCUGUGCCUGCCGCGGCUGCAGGCGCUCACCGAGCAAUACGCCGUGGACGAGCUGCUCCGAGCCUUCAUGCAGCGCGUGGAGAUCGACGAGCAGGUCAUCAUCUACCUGGAGAUGACGCAGUUCCACAACGCCCGGCAGCUGGCGGCGUGGUGCCUGCACUACAUCUGCACCAACUACAACCGCGUGUGCCGCCGCUUCCCCCGCGAGAUGAAGUUCAUGUCCCCAGAGAACCAGGCGCACUUCGAGCGGCACCGCUGGCCGCCGGUGUGGUACCUGAAGGAGGAGGAUCUGUACCUGCGCUCCAAGAAGGAGCGGGAGCGCGAGGAGCAGCUGCAGCGCAAGCAGCACCCCCGCAGCAAGUGGUGCUUCUGGAGACCCUCACCCCCCGUGUCCUGAGCGGGGGGCGAGGGGAGGGGACCCCCGAGUGGGGCUGGGGGCUAGGGGAGGGUUGGGAGCCCCUGUGAUGAGCAGGGGGUUUGGCCCCGGGGUCCCCGUGUAGGGUGAGGGGGCUCAGCUGGGCUGGGGGUCCCUGUGGUG